CUCAUCACACAGUCAACACUUAAUUUAUAUUUGCUCAAGAUACUUUCAGCAAAAAUGUCGAACUCGUCACUGCCCAGUUGGCUGAAAGCCGAAAUCUUUGAACCGGUUCUUAAAGACUCCUUUAAGAAUUUCAAGAAAAUAAACAAAUUCAACGCUACGCGAGGCACAAAACCUGGUGAUAACUACGCCACUUUAAUGCUGCGAAUUGAGUUGGAGAUCGAAUUGAAUGAUAGCUCCACAAAAUCCAUUUCGUACAUGCUGAAGUUGGCCCACGACUCAGAGGCAUACCAAGAGACAUUGGGUCAGAACAAGAACAACAUAUUUGACUUGGAACGCGAAAUGUUCACGAAAUAUGUGCAAGAAUUCAAGAAACUUUACAGCGACGUUGGCUUGGAUGUAGAGUUUGGAGCCAAAUGCUAUAAAUUAGACGUCCCAUACGAUCACGUUCUACUAGAGGAUCUCAAGGCAAAAGGAGUUCGACCAACCAACAGACUUUCAGGCCUCGAUGAGGAACAUUGUCUCUCUCUGCUCAAAAAACUGGCGCAAUGGCACGCGGCGUCGGCAGUUCGAGUUGCCACAAUUGGUCCUUAUCCCCAACGACUGUUGGAGGGACUUUUUGGAGAAGAUAGCAAGUUAAUGAUGAGUAAAAUGACAGAUGGCAUGGCCAAGUACAUGCAAAAGACCGCGUCAACAUUUGAAGGACAUGAGGAGUACUUCGAUGAUCUAAAAGCUAUGGAGGGGCACAUUUUUGAAAACGUGAUGGACGUGGGUGUUAUCGACCCCAAUGAGUUCAAUGCGUUAAACCAUGGCGAUUGCUGGAUCAGCAAUUUAAUGUUCCAAUAUGAUCAGACAACGGACAAAUUGUUGGACGCUUAUCUAGUCGACUAUCAAAUGUGCAAAUAUGGCAAUGUCGCAAUGGACUUGCUUUAUUUCCUGAUAUCAUCGCCCAAGCUGGAACUGAAAAUCAACAAGUUUGAUUAUUUUGUAAAGCACUAUUACGAUCAGCUGAUAAAGCAUCUCAAGUUACUCAAUUACACUGAAAAGCUGCCAACUCUUAUUGAUAUACACACACAGCUCUUGAAAUACGGCAUUUGGGGGUAUGCGACGGCGGGCGGUGUUAUGACGGGCGCUAACCUGGAACCAACGGAAACCGCAACCUUUGAGAAUAUAUUUGACGAUACGCCAGAGGGAGAUGCCUUCCGAACAUUGUUAUUUAGUGGCAAACAAUACAAAGAGCAUCUGAAGAUUGUCUUGCCCUUUCUUCACAAUCGAGGAGCUUUACAACUAAGCAAAAGAAGCAAGUAAAUUCAUAAGAAGAUAGACUAGUAAAAUAGAAAAUUGACAUUAUAGUGUUGACUAUUAUUAAAUAAAUUUUAAAGAAUCUGUUGAUCAGAACUCGCGUUAAAAUUAACUACUAAAAUUGUUGCAACUCAUUAUGAUAAGCACAAUUUGUGUUUAAUUAUCAUUAAGAAUUCACUCUCUAACAAAGGCACCUACUGAGCUUCCCAAAGCGCACAAACCAUUAAAACUUGUUAUUCCCCGAAUCCAAAUGAGAAACAAACAAAUUACAAACACUAAUUUGUUGUCGCAGCCUUGAACUUCUGUAUACACAAACUUUUUUCUAUGCUUUUGCAACAAUGCUUGUAGAGUUUACAAAGUGUAUAAUUAUUUGCUUUGAAUACAACAAUAAUGCUGGGCAAAUAAGUAAUCGACGCCCACAACGAAGUAAGAUUUUCUCUUUCAGCUUAAAAGGCAAUAAAAUAAUAUUUAACUUA